AUGAUAGAUCCUCAAGGUCAAGCAAACAAGUGGAUUCGAAACAUGGAAAAGAAGAACAACUUGCAGCUAAUCAAGCCGACAGAUUCUGACUUCAUCCGGACCCUGGAGAACUGCAUCCAAUUUGGAACACCUGUGAUGCUGGAGAACGCGCUCGAAGAGAUCGAUCCUGUUAUGGAGCCGCUCCUUCUGAAGCAGACCUUCAAGCAGGGUGGUGCCAUUUGCAUUAAACUUGGAGACUCCAUUAUCGAGUACUCAUCAGAGUUUCGAUUCUAUAUUACCUCUAAGUUUCUUAAAAAUCCUCUGGGUGAGGAUCUGACUCAAAUCACGCUUGAGUAG